UGCCAGCAUAUAAGCUAUUGAAAGGAUAGAAAAUAGUUUCCACGCAUGAAAAUGUGAAGUAGAAUGCAGUAAGCCUUUUUGUUUUUUAUUUUUUAUUUUUUUCCCAAAGAAGAAUGAUCUCUUCUGCAAAAAAUAUCAAGAGCUGUAGGAAGCACAAAUUAUAUUAUAGAGCAAUGGGAGAUGUUAUCGAUGAAUGUGUUGAUUUCUUAGUAGCCAUCUUUCAAUGCUGAAGGCUUACUGCAUGAGGGAGUGAGGAAUUGGAAUCUUGUCUGAUCCUAUUAUUUGCUGACGAGAUAUUCUAAAACAACUUUACUGGUUAAAUGAGCUUUGAUAUUUACUUUCUCAAGUGUAAUUAUAUCAGUUAUUACUGCUAAAAUCAAAGUAGCUGCUAAAAUGUUAUCUUUUAGUCAGUUAUGUUUCUUGGUGUAUGAGAAUCUAAGUCUUUUUUCCCUCUGGUGUUUAUACGGUAUCUCUUAGUCUGAGCCUGAGCACUGAAGUCCAAAGUCCUUCAGAGGACAUUCCGUAUUUGUAAAGCUUAUAGAUGAAAGGGAAAUAAGCAGUUCCAAAAUUUUUAGUGUCACUUCGUUUUGGAGGUAUUUGGUUGUACAAAGGAAAUACAUUUUUCUUUACUUUUGCUCUUAGUUAAUAACUGUUCAGACUUUAAAAGGGCUUUUCUUAGUCCAAAUCAGAGGGAUGAAGGAAUUGAAGAUGACCUAAAAAUCUAAUAAAAACAUUCUCCUGAUAGCCUGAAGAUGCACAUGUCUGCAUACAUAUCCACAUGAACAGAUAUGUAUGUAUGCAUAUGCACUGCAAAAAUCUGGCCAGAUUACAGGAAGAGAGGGAGCCUUGCUAUCUCCCUUCACCAUUUAAAGUUAACAGUAUCUGAAAUGUGUCACAAACACAGUCUUUUCUGCUCUUUACCAAGUAAGAUGUGACCAUGCGUUAUGCUUACUCAUUUCUCUUUGCCACCUGCACCCAUACUUUGUAUUUCGAUAACCUUUCCCUAAUUAAAAAAAAAAAAAAAAAAAAAAAAAUUACAUGGCAUUUGAACAAUCAGUGCAUGUUUGCCAUGUUUCCUUGGAGAGAUACGUAAAUUUUGGAUCAAGUGUUGUUUUAGUCCUGUAUUCAUAUACAGGACAAACAAAUGAUCAGUUAUUUGAUGAAUGUCCUUCUGCAGCAUAAUGUGGGUUAUGGAUGGCUGGGUAGUAACAGGAAAUCUUCCCAGUGAAAUGAGGUAUGACGUAGUACUAUUCAUCUCAACAAUCAGAAAUUUCAUUUCUUUCUGUUAGGACAGUGGAUUUCAACCUGUGGUCCUCAAGACUGCUGUGAGUUUGUGACGUGUUCAUAAAGACUCACAGCAGGUAAGUGAGAAAAGCAAAUCUCUUGCUAAGAUUCAGUUUCAUAAGAGCUUGUACCUCCAUUGAAAAUUUUAGGGGAUGACUGCAUGAAAAAAAAAGUUUGAAAGCACUGCUGCAUACAAAGAAGGCCAGUUGCAGCUGCCAAACAAAUGUUUCUGCUGCUGAAGUAGCUAUGGAUUGAUGCAAACUUUCUUCUCUGCUCUUUUAUAAGGUCAGUCUUUUUUUUUUUUUAAUUCCAACCUGUUCAUUGUCAUACAAUGGGAAUCUACCUCCCUCUCAUUUAUUCUUAAUCAGAAUACAAAGUGCAGUGUUAGUCGGAACAAAGUGUCAUCUCUCUUUAUGAAAUCUUGCUGCCAGAGGGCUUGCUUGAGAUGUUCAACACAAUGUGAAACUGUUUACAUGUUCCGCCCCCACCCAAAUAACCUGCAGUGAGUAUAAUAAUGGAACCACAUAGUUUCUGGUCCUGACUGUAUAGUGAUACAUAUACUAAACGAUUAGAAAAUAGUUUGCCUGCUUAUCUGCAGCAGUUUGAAAUGUUAAGAUUUUUUUUUUUCCAGUGGUCUAACUGUAUGAUCUGUUCACUCAGUGCAGACGUGGAUGACUAGGAGCAUGAAACUUAGCUGGGGCCCCUCCUCACACAGAGUUCUUAUGUCUAUGCAGGAUGAAUGAGGAUUGUAGAAAGCUGUAAGUUUGCUUGUUUUGGAGUAAUUCUGUUUAGUCUUCCACAAGAGCCUACGCCUGUACUCAUAGAGCAGGGGAUGGCUGUCUUGAGGUGCCUUUGUGGCCAUCCAAGAUGUACCUCUAGGCAGUGGGGUGUCAUUUCCUGAUGGAGGAGGCAAAGGAGGCUGCCAUGUUGCUGAUCUUCCCUGGUACCUCCCAAGGGAAGGGCAGGCACUUAAGGUGCAGUUCUAGACCUGAAAGUGGCUCCUCCAUUCCGAGCUCCGGCCCCUCACAAACAGAGCACGGGGCAACGCUGUGCAGUUACCAUGGAGACGCUGCUGGUGCUGGUGGUGCUGCUGGGCCUGGUGGGGUGCUCCACCACCCCUGAUGAUGAGCCUGGGCUGCUUCGUGUCACCGGUGUGUGGGUGACAGUGCCACGACAGCUGAGCCCCCGGGCUGAUACCAACCCCCUGACUGUCUCCUACUGGCUGGAGGUGCAGGGGAAGCCACAGGUCCUGCGCCUGCGGCCCAGGAAGGGCCUGGCCUCCCAGCCUUUCACUUUGGUCACCUAUGGCGAGGAUGGGGCACGUCGGGAGGAGCAUGUCUACGUUCAGGACAAUUGCUUCUAUCAAGGUGAGGUUCAGGGAAGUCCCGGCUCCCUGGUGGCCCUCGGCACCUGUGACAGGGGCCUCCGUGGAGUGCUUUGGAUGGAAGGCAGCACCUACGAGAUCGAGCCCAUCCCUGAUGAUCCAGCCUUUCAGCACAUGCUCUACUGCAUGGAGGCAGACAGCGACCCUAUGGGCCCCACGUGCGGGCUGACCCCCACAGAGCUGCAGUACCAAAAGACUGUGCUGCCCUGGCUUCAGGCUCCACGAACAGAAGAGAAGUACAUGCUGAAGGACUGGUGGACACAUACCAGGUAUGUGAAGUUAGUAGUGGUCGUGGACAACGUGCGGUUUGUGAGGUCAGACAGGAAUGAAUCCAAAGUCUUGAGGCAAGUCCUCGAAGUUGUCAAUAUUGGAGAUUCUCUGUAUGACCAGCUUUCUGUUCAACUGUUCCUUGUGGGACUGGAGAUUUGGACCAAAGGCAAUCUUAUAAACAUUACUAACUCUGUAAACAAGGCACUUUCAGACUUUAACAAAUGGCGAAAAACAGACCUACAUCCACGGAUGCGCCAUGAUGUUGCUCACUUAUUUGCAUUUCAGGGCUUUGGAAAAAGCCUGGGAUUGGCAUAUCUGGGGUCCAUAUGUGACAGGCAGUGGUCAGCAGCAGUUGAUUCCUUCACCAACAGGAGGCUGUCUUCAUUUAUUGUCACAUUUGUCCAUGAGCUGGGCCAUAAUCUUGGGAUGCGUCAUGAUGAACGGCACUGUAAAUGCAGGCGGAAGAGGUGCAUUAUGUACGAAAGUGAAUCUGACACUGACGCAUUCAGUGACUGCAGUUACAAAGACUACUUUGAUCUGCUUGGGAGUGGUGGUAGCUGCCUGCGUCAAUCACCAGCACUUGGCAGCUACUACACUCUGAAGCGUGAAUACUGCGGGAAUAAGAUAGUAGAAAGCGGAGAGCAGUGCGACUGUGGUUCAAAAUCAGACUGCAGAAACGAUCCUUGUUGUCACCCUAACUGCACGCUGACUGAAGGUUCAGUUUGUGCUUCUGGAAAAUGUUGCAAGGGCUGUCAGAUCCUUCCAGCAGGAACACUCUGCAGAGCACGUACCGGUAACUGCGACCUGCCGGAGUACUGCAAUGGGACCUCCCCUUGGUGCAAGCCAGACCUGUAUGUACAAGAUGGAGCCCCUUGCGAAGAUGGUGCCUAUUGCUACAAAGGAAAAUGUUCUUCCCACAGUAAACAAUGCAAGCAUCUUUUUGGCAAACAAGCCAGGCCCGCUCCUUUAGAUUGCUUCAAAGAAGUGAAUAGUCGAGGUGACCGUUUUGGAAAUUGUGGUAUUCGUAACGGUAUUCAUUUUACUAAGUGCAGUGUUGAGGAUGCCUUAUGUGGUAGGCUACAGUGUGAAAACAUACCCAAGUUGCCCUCUUUGCAGAACCACAUAACAGUCAUCCAAACCCCUGCCAGAGGUAAAAAGUGUUGGGGUCUUGACUAUCACACAGGGAUGCCUGUAGCUGACUUGGGGGCUGUGGAAGAUGGCACGAGGUGUGGCAGCAACAAGAUUUGUAUUGACAGGACAUGUACCGAUAUUUCAGUGCUGAAUUAUGAUUGUAACAUAACAAAGUGCCAUAACAGAGGAGUGUGUAACAAUCUUAGGAACUGUCACUGCGAGUAUGGUUGGGCUCCUCCAUAUUGUGAGCGGGAAGGAUUUGGAGGUAGCAUCGACAGCGGGCCCCCUCCAUCCAAGCAGCUUUUUCAGAGGUCAAGAAUAGGAGUAGUUGGCCUUGUUUUUCCUGUUGUUCUCGGAGUUAUUCUUGUCAUAUAUUAUAAAAAGGAAAUAGGGGAAUGGUUUAUGAGGAUAAGGCCUGAUUCCACAGAAGGAGUUAGUGGUUGUUUCAAAUACUGCAAAUGCCAGUAGUUGCUAUAUAACACCUACUGCUGAGACAAAAUCUACUACCGUGCACUUCGCAAAGACCAACAAAGCUCUGGCUUUGGAUGCUCCUAACAAAAUCUCCUAAGGAAGUCAGCAGAGCCCGCUGAUACCUUAUUGAAAUAAUUCAACACAUUCUGAGUUGUUAUAAUCCAAUACAGCAUUGUGAAACAGAUUAAAUGUUAUCUCUGUUUAUUUUAAGUUAAUAAAUGCAGGCAAUAAGGUACGCUGCUCUCGGUUUGUACCUUGGGUUCUUAAAAAUGAAGCGCUCAGUGAGCGGUGAGUAUGCAGUGUAUGUACUGCUGGGUCCUCCAGAGAAGUGCUGUGGAUUUUACUGCUGCAAGAACAAGCAAUCUAUGAGGCUCCACAAGUUCAGUGCACUUCUAAAAUAGGGCUGUUCUGCAGCUCUCCCACCCUCACAACUCCUGUGCUAUUUGACAGAUGCUUUAUAUCUGCCUACCUCGGUGCCUUUCUCUUGUUUUACUCUGUGAUUGCUUUGGGGACUGUUAGCAAAUAUGCUGCCAAAGCUCUACAACGUGUCGCACAGAAGCAUUUUGUGCCCUUGUGGCCAAAAAGGCCAAUGGCUUACUGGGGUGCAUUAAAAAGAGCGUGGCCAGCAGGUCAAAGGAGGUGAUCCUCCCCCUCUACUCUGCCCUGGUAAGACCUCAUCUGGAGUACUGCUUCCAGUUCUGGGCUCCCCAGUACAAAAAAGACAGGGAUCUCUUGGAAAGAGUCCAGCGGAGGGCCACGAAGAUGGUGAAGGGCCUGGAGCAUCUCCCCUAUGAGGAAAGGCUGAGUGAACUGGGUCUGUUCAGCCUUGAGAAAAGGAGACUGAGAGGGGACCUGAUCCAGGUCUAUAAAUAUCUAAGGUGUGGGGGGCAGAAUGGCGAGGCCGGACUCUUUUCAGUGGUGAGUGGAGACAGGACAAGGGGAAAUGGCCAGAAACUGCAGCAUAGGAAGUUCCGCACAAACAUGCGCAAGAACUUCUUUACAGUGAGGGUGACGGAGCACUGGAACAGGCUGCCCAGGGAGGUGGUGGAGUCUCCUUCUCUGGAGAUGUUCAAGACCUGCCUGGAUGCCUACCUGUGCAACCUGGUGUAGGGAACCUGCUUUGGCAGGGGGGUUGGACUCCAUGAUCUCUGGAGGUCCCUUCCAACCCCUACAAUUCUGUGAUUCUGUGAUUUCUUUUAAUAAGAUGUAAAACGUGUCAUUUAUGAGAAAGCAUGAGGGAUCUGGGAACACCGUUCAGUGCUUUAUUAUGUGCAUUAAAGCAAUGUCUAGAACUCUCCUCUAACGCAGCAGAAAGAAGACGCUGUAUUUUAACAGUGAGAAUUUUAUUCUGAAGGAGGGGCAUUUCUGUAGGAAAGGCCGUAAAACAAUUCACUUGUCUGCUAGCUGAACAAUCGUUGCUGUUGCUGAUUGUCAGCAAACCGUUAACUGCCUUUUUUUAACGCU